AGCUAUACUCAAAACAACAUACACCCCUCUCUUCUCUUUCUCUCAUAUCAUCUCUUUGUCCCUCUGGAACAACUUUCUUGAGAACAUUUUUUCCUUCUUUUUCUAGGCAACCAAACAAAUAAGAAUGGGUGAUAUACUGAGUGAAGAACAGAUUGUUGAGUUCAAAGAAGCCUUUUGUCUGUUUGACAAAGAUGGAGAUGGUUGCAUUACUGUGGAAGAACUGGCAACUGUGAUUAGAUCCUUAGAUCAAAAUCCCACUGAAGAAGAGCUUCAAGAUAUGAUAACUGAAGUUGAUGCUGAUGGCAAUGGAACCAUUGAAUUUGCAGAGUUCUUGAACUUGAUGGCCAAGAAAAUGAAGGAAACUGAUGCAGAGGAGGAACUUAAAGAGGCUUUCAAGGUUUUUGACAAGGAUCAAAAUGGGUAUAUAUCAGCUAAUGAGCUGAGGCAUGUGAUGAUCAAUCUUGGUGAGAAAUUAACGGAUGAGGAAGUUGAGCAGAUGAUCAAAGAAGCUGAUUUGGACGGUGAUGGUCAGGUCAACUAUGAUGAAUUUGUCAAAAUGAUGACAACCGUUGGAUAAUGAUUAAAAAAGCAACUACUAGGGCUUCAUCAACCAUUUGAUUGAUCAACUUAUUAUAGUUUUUUAAUUUUAAUUUGUAUUCAAAAUUCGUUUUGUUUCUAUCUACCGAAGAAGUAAUUGCUCUAAUUUGUUGUACUCUGAUGUCCAUCAAGGACCUAAAGUUAAAUUAGACCUUUUUUU